AUGGCCAAUAUCAGAAACCUGAAGGAUGACAGAAAGUCAAUGCUGGAGACGUUGCAGUGCUCAGAGCUUCAAGAGAUCCUUACAGUCUUUGGCUACAAAUCCCAGCUUGAUGAUCUCCGACGCACCGUCUCUGCUGUCAAUGCUGUGCUUCUUGAUGCAGAGGCCAAGCAGGAUCUCUCCCAUGAAGCAAAGCAUAUGCUUAAUGAGCUCAAGGGUGCGGUCUUUGAAGCUGAUGAUCUGCUGGACGAGUUUGUUACUCUUGCUGAACAGAAGAAACUCUUGGAGGCUGGUGGUAGUCUCUCUAAAAAGGUGUGUCGUUUCUUUUCUGAUAACCCACUAGGUGUUGCUUAUAAGAUGUCUCAAGGGGUUAAGAAAAUUAGAAAGAAACUGGAUGCUAUUGCUUACAGUACUCGGUUUAGCUUUAAGCUUGAUCCCGAGCCUAUCUGGAGGAGAAGGCCCGAGACCUGUUCUUAUGUGGAUGCAGAUGAUAUCAUUGGAAGAAAGGAUGACUUGGAGAAGAUUAUUGGUAUGAUGCUCGAUUCUAAUGUGCAACGCGAUGUAUCUUUUCUCACGAUUGUGGGAAUUGGGGGGUUGGGCAAAAUAGCUCUUGCUCAACUUGUGUAUAACGAUCCAAGGGUUACAAGUACAUUUCCUUUGAGGUUGUGGACUUGUGUCUCUGAUCAAGAUCAGAAGCAACUGGAUAUAAAAGAAAUUCUUUGUAAGAUUACUUCAACUACUGGUCAGCCUCAGGAGCACUCCACCAUGGAUCAGGUACAAAAACAUCUACGCGAUAAACUAGCAGGCAAAAAAUACUUGCUUGUUUUAGAUGAUGUAUGGUCUGAGAAGUGUGAUCAAUGGCGUGCCCUGGCAGGAUUCUUAAUCGGAGGUCAAAGAGGAAGCUGGAUUAUGGUAACAACACGUUCACAAUUGACAGCAAAAUUUAUAGGAGAUGGUCUAACAUACGAGCUCCAAGGCUUGUCAGAGGAGAAUUCUUGGUGCUUAUUUGAAAGGAUGGCUUUUGGAUUGCAAUCGUCUAUGCCUCCUGAUGACUUGGUCAAGAUUGGGCUAGAGAUUGUUAAAGGAUGUGCUCGAGUUCCUCUUGCUAUCAGAGUGGUAGGAAGUUUCUUAUAUGGUCAAGACAAGAGUAAGUGGCUAUCACUUGCGCAAAUACGAUUAGCCAACCUUAGAGAGAGUCAGAAUGACAUCAUGCCUAUAUUGAAGCUGAGUUAUCAUAAUCUCGAGUCUCCAUUGAAAAGUUGUUUCGGCUAUUGUGCAUUGUUUCCUAAGGAUCAUAAGAUAAGAAAGGAGAAGCUAAUAAGCCUUUGGAUGGCACAAGGCUAUAUUGUCCCUUUGGAUGAAGGUCAAAGCAUUGAAGAUGCUGCUGAGGAAUAUAUUUCAAUUUUAUUGCGAAGAUGUUUUUUUCAAGACGUAGAAAAAGAUGUAUAUGGUGAUAUUGUGAAUUUUAAGAUACAUGAUCUUAUGCACGAUGUUGCUCAAACAGUAACCAAAUUGGAGAUUUGUGCAACGGAUACCUUAGGCGGCAUCUUGGAUGAUACAUUUCGUCAUCUGUCAGUUACCAGAAGCAAAGUUGCAAGAUGUACAUUAUACAAGUCCCAUAUUCGAACAUAUCUUUGCGUUGGCCAGUGGCUUCAAGUUGUGAAUAUAGAGCAGUUCUUCACGGAGGCAUUAUUAGCCACUUGCUUUCACCUCAGGGCAUUGGAUUUGUCUCAUUCAAGUAUCAAAACGUUGCCAGAAUCAAUAGGUAAACUGUUGCAUUUGAGGUAUUUAGAUCUCUCAUGGAACUACAGACUUGAAGUGCUUCCAAAGUCAAUUACAAAGCUAUGUAAUCUACAAACCAUAAAGUUAAAUUAUUGCCUUCAAUUGAAAGAGUUGCCAAAAGAUUUGAGCAGGCUGGUGAAGCUUAGGACCUUAUUAACGUUGUCUAGUUGCCACAAGAUGACUUGUUUUCCCAAGAGGAUGGGUAAGUUGACUGGCCUUCACAGGCUUACUGAUUUUAUAGUCGGUGGUGAAGGGAGUCAUUCAACUACAAAACAAUGGUUUGAUGGACUGGAAGAUCUAAAGAUGAUGAACAACAUCAAAGGCUGUCUUGAUAUCUGGUUUAAGUGGCCUAAAAAUGUCAUUAAGAUAGACGAAAACAGAGCUGAAGGACAUUAUCUAAUGAGUAAGGAACAUCUCAAGGGCCUUACAUUUCAUUUCCAUCACAGGGUGGUUGAUGGAGAUGUGGAUACUGAGGAAGCAAGAAGAUUAAUGGAAGAGCUGCAACCACAUUCGAAUCUCAGGCGGUUAGAAGUAUGGGGGUACCGUGGUGUGAGAAUGCCAGGUUGGGAGCUGGAGUACCUGCCAUGUCUAGGAAACUUGCGACAUCUCAAAUUCCUUAGUCUUAACAGUUUGCUUAAGUUGGAGUACAUAAAACUAAGUUCAUCAGUUUUCAGUUCCACGCCUGAAUCAGAAUGUGCUGAAGGAGUGUUAAUCUUCCCUUCCUUGGAAUCCCUUGAGUUGUUUCAUUUGCCGAUGUUGAAAGGAUGGAGAGAUGAUCUUUUUCUCCUUGAAGAUAACAAAAACAUGCGAUUAUGUCUCUCUGGACUGAGGAUAGUGAAUUGCCCAGAGUUGACAUGUAUUCCGUUGUGUCUCAAGGUGGAGGAACUACGGUUAGAUAACUUCAAUAAAAGACUGAAAAUAUUUGAUCCUGAAAAUUCGAGUAAAAGUAGUACAUUAAGGAACGUGAAUAUAGACAAUGUGGUAUGGUUAAAUUCUCAGUCCAUGGUGGCUUUUGAGAGUCUUGAAAGCUUAACAAUUGAGGGGGAGCUGGAGAGCUUGGAAGAAGUAGAGGAGGUGGAAAGCUUGGAAGAAGUAGAGGAGGUGUUUCGCAACUGCUCGUUUUCUCUGGAAUACUUAGGAUUUUAUAAUUGUGACAAACUAAGGAGUAUUUCUGGAGGAUUAAAGCAUCUCAAUGCCUUAAAGGCAUUACGGAUAUGGAAUUGUCCUAAUGUGAGGCUAUCAGAGGAUGGCAGGCCAUGGCAAUACCUUCAUCACUCUCUCCUCACUUUGUCAUUUAUUAGUCUUCCACAGCUAGUGAGUCUGCCUGAUUGGAUGCAAUCCUUGGCUGCCCUCGAAUACCUUUAUAUUAAAGAUUGCAAAAGACUCUAA